AUGGCUUCCGAGGACUCGUUACCCGUUCUCAAGGUCCUGAUUAUCGGCCCCUCUGGCGCCGGCAAGUCUGCUUAUUGCGAUGAUCAGUUUGACCCCGAGUCGUCGACGGCGACGAUCGGUAUCGAUUUCAAGAUGAAGAAACUAGCCGUCAGAGGAAAGGCGUUCCGGCUCAACAUAUUCGACACUGCUGGCCAGGAGAGAUUUCGGACUCUGUCCACCAGUUACUACCGCGGCGCACAAGGCGUGAUCGUGGUCUACGACAUCUCGAACCGGAAGAGCUUCCUGGGCAUGGAGAAGUGGAUCGAGGAGGCGAGGUCGAACGCGUCCCCCGAUGCCGUGCUGUACCUGGUAUGUCAUGCCAACCCCCUACCAUCCUCAUUCUCAUCUUCAUCCUACAUCGCCGUCUCCCUCAUUCUAACUACUAUCGCGAGCUUCAAGGUGGGAAGCAAACUGGACAAAGUGGCGGCUGGUGGCCGCGCCGUGUCCGUCGAGGAGGGCAGGGCGUUUGCAGAGUCGCAAGGAGCCGGGUUCUGCGAGAUCAGCUCUAAGACACGGGAGAACAUCAAGCGGCCCUUCGUCGAGGUCGUCGACCAGAUCGUCCAGCGACCGCAACUUCUAUCGGCAGCUACGCCAGCCUCCAACAGCACGGCUCUGAACUUGGGUAGUAUCGGGUCGGGCUACGCUUCAGCUUGCCCUUGUUGA